CUCCAAUCUUUGUUAGAUCAGCAGAGAACUACUACUACUUCAACCAUGCCGAGAACAUCACGCAGAGCUCAGGCUGAGGCUAUGGAGCUAUCGCCGCUCAAGCAGCGGGAUGCGAAUGUCGCGACUCAGUCUGCGAUCGACCCCGAGUUUGCCAACUACGCAAACACAAUCGCCCAUAUCUUCCAGGACGUGCAAAAGUCGACCACGUCGCAUAAGAAGCACGGGAUCAGGUUGUGGAGCAUACACAAGCAGGCGUACGAGAAGGACAUGAAGACGAGCUUCGAUAAGAAGUUUUGUGCUAUGCUCAACCAGAUCUUGCCGGUGAAGAAGAGCGAGCCUGCUGGCGAGAAGGUGGCCAAGUUUGUCACGCAUUAUGUGGAAUACAUUGCGACGCAGGGAGCGCCAAAGGCACAGGAUAACGAGGACGUCGAUAUGGACAUCGACAUGGACAUCGACGAGGAGGACGAGAGCUCAGAGCAUUUCAUGGCUCACUCCUUCAUUGAAAUGCUUUUUGCUCAUCUACUCCAAGGUGUGGAUGCAAAGAACAAAGCAGUACGCUUCCGCGUCUGCCAACUACUGGCUUCGAUUGUCGUUCACCUCGGUGAAAUCGACGAUGAUCUAUUCCAAGAAUUGCGGGCUGCUUUCGUCAGACGUAUUCACGACAAAGAGAGCACAAUCAGAUUACAAGCUGUGCUUGGUCUUGCUAGACUACAAGGAACAGACGAUGAAGAUGAGCCGGAGCCCAUCACUGAGCUCUUGUUGAAUGCCCUGCAAAAUGAUUCCAAAGCUGACAUCCGCCGAGCUGCACUACUCAACAUUGAAAAGAACAACGUCACCAUUCCAUACUCUCUCGAGCGCGCUCGCGAUAUGGACGCGGCUACCCGAAGAAGUGUAUACACUCGCAUUUUGCCCGAGAUUGGAGACUUUCGUCUUCUCAGUAUCGGAAUGCGAGAGAAGAUUCUGUCGUGGGGAUUAAAUGAUCGUGAUGCGAGCGUUAAGAAUGCGUCUGUUAGAGUGUUUGCUCACGGAUGGCUUGAAAACACGGGUAAUGACGUUCUUGAGCUGUUGGAGAGACUCGAUGUUUUGAAUAGCAGUGUUGCAGAGGAUGCUAUGAAGGCCCUAUUCUCUCAGCGGAAGGAUGUUGUCAACAGUUUGGAGUUCCCGCCAAUGCUAUGGGAGAAUCUUACGGCCGAGACUGUGUUUUUAGCUAGGACGUUUGCGGCUUACUGUCGGGAAGAAAAACUUGAUGAUCUUUUCGAAGAGAGAAUGCCAGAAGUCACCAAACUUGGUUUUUAUCUGCAGGCUUACAGCAAAUUUCUGGAUAGAGAGGAAAGCGAGGAAGAAAGCUCAGUCGAGGAAGAUUUCACUUUGGAGCAGUUACUAGCGAUUGCGUCUCUUAUGGACUUUUCUGACGAGAUUGGACGACGAAAGGUUUUUGAUGUCAUUCGGAUGCUGCUUGCAAAGGAGAAGCUUUCUGACUCUGCGACCGAGUUGAGUGUGGUUGUGCUGAGAAAGGUGUCUUUGACUGAGCGAGAGUUUUGCGAAGUUAUCGGGGAGAUAAUUUCGGAUGUGCAUGACUCUGUUGCAGAUGAUGAAUUUGAUGAUUCGUUCCACUCGGCUUUGUCGGAUGUUGAGAGCGUGACUGGAAGCAGCCGGAGGUCGAGCAAGACGCGCAGCAGCAUUGCAUCGAAUGGCUCUGAUGCGAAAGAUAAAGCGAUUCAUGAACUCAUGAUCAAUAUGAAGUGUCUCAAGCUUGCGCAGUGUAUGCUCGAAAAUGUCGGCUGCCGGCUGAAGAGUAACAUGGCACUGACGAGCUUACUGGACCAGUUGAUUGUUCCGGCAGUUCGCAGCCACGAAGCGCCUAUUCGAGAAAGAGGUCUUCACUGUCUCGGACUGUGCUGCCUACUUGACAAGGAUCUCUCGCUAGAGAACACUGUUUUGUUUAUGCACUGUUUUAACAAGGGACACGAGGCAUUGCAGGUUGAAGCGAUUCACAUUAUCUGCGACAUUUUGGUGUCCCAUGGUGGCUCGAUCUUGAGUGUCAACAGUGGCAUUGAUACCGAGAUGAUUGUGAAGAUGCACACCAGAGCGCUUGAUUUGGGCACAGCGGGCGAUGUGCAGGUAGCGGCUGUGCAGUCUCUUAGCAAGUUGCUGUUAGCAGGGAUCUUGACUGACCCGGAGGGCAUGCUUUUGGAGAGACUGACGACUCUAUAUGAUGAUGAGGGCACGAUGGGAAAUUCUUCACUGAGACAGACUCUUAGCUACUGUCUCCCGGUCUUGAAUGAGCACAUGAAUGAGAUCAAGGCAGCGGAGGAGAAGGAAGCAGCGGAGGAGACGGCGAAGGAGGAAGAUGACGUGGAAGUCAGCGUGCAGGUCGAGAAGGAGGAUGCGUUGGAUAGCGACGAAGGUGAAGAGGUGGAUAUGAGUAGAGCGGAGUCGGUGAUGAGUGUGCUUACUGAGGUUUAGGAUGUGUGACGUUGUAAUCUAGUAUGAUACCAUUGUUUACCAGUAGAUCUUCUCUUUCUUCCUCUCCUUCUCUCCUUCUCUCCUUCUCUUCUCUUUACUACUUCCUAC